AUGCAUUACAAAGUGCAAAAUGAGAAGUUUAAAGAUGUCGAUGCUGGAAGUAAAAAAGUUCGAAAGCAAGGCUCUUCUUAUAUAUCAUCGGAGUCUGAGACUCCUACUCCUAAUUCACCUCUAAUAUCAUCUCCUAACUUAUCAUCAUUUUCACUAAAUUUGAAUGAGGAUGUUACAGAAAAUAAUCGGCUUGUUGAGUUGUUGGCAAAGUCAGGUGCAGACAGGCAGCGAGAUUUGGAGAUGAAAGAUAGAGCUUUGAAACUAAAAGAAUUUAAAGAAGAAAAUAAAAUUUUAUUGUCGAAUUUAGAUUCUAUUGGUGAUCCAAAUAUUCAUGAAUUUAUUCAACAAGAACAAAAACGAAUAAUGGAUAAAAGAAGUCAACAAUUUCAACAGCCACAACCACAACAAUCCUCCCCAUACACUCAAUAUUUUAAUGAUAUUAGUGGAUCUGAAAACGACCUACCAGAGUACUAA